GCAGAAAGAUGCGCUCUAUGGUUGUGUAGGGCCUUCACCGGGUGUAGAGAUGGAUACGCCACUUCGUAUGUGCUCACUUGCACCAGCCAAACAAGUGCAAGACCUACAAAGACAGCUGAGAAGUAGCAAGGGAAGAACAGCAACAACGGCUUUCGGUGCGGUCUCCCUCCGGUCUUUGGACAGCGCAGUGGGCUCCAAGCCAAGCGUGUUGCCUUGUCGCGCCCGCCAUGCUUCAAAAAGCGCGAUAGCAUCGCCCUCGUUCACAGGACAGAUCAUACAAUUGUGUUGCCCUCUCCCCUGGCUCAUACAUAUGCUGGUGGAGAGGAGUUGCAUGCACUCAAGAUGCUCUUCUCUCAUUCAGAAGCGUCGUCAUCGACGAGCCCACGGGCAGCAGCGCUUCUUGCUUGCGUUCCCAGCCCAAGCUUGACUUUCAACCCGAGUCCAAGUGCCAGCUCUGGCACCACCAUGACACAUGAAGGCAUCGAAAAUCCAAUAGCGCCGGCGAGUCCAACUGCGGUACCGAUUCCCGUGCCGAGCUCUAGCACUCUCAGUGGUAUCAAGCGACAGCGUUUCUAUGCGAGACAGGACAGUCCCGCUGCGGUAGACGAUGUCGAGGACGAGGAGGAGGGUGAAGAUGGUGAUGAAGAUGGGUUUCGACGUCCAGGAAUGCCACGCAUCUGCGCUCCGCCGACGAGCCCGUGUGUGGGACACCCAUCAUACAGCAGUCCAAGCUCGACGCGGCACAGGGCGCAUACAUCUGCGUCCAUUGCCUACGCCACCCACUGUCACGUCGCAGGCUCGAAUGCCAGACAAUCGCGAUCUCAUCAUGCACCAGCAGAAGAGCUGAAACCACCGCCACGCAAACGACCACAUUUUGACCUACAGCAUGAAGAUGUUGGACGCUUCGCUAGCCUCACCUUACAGCAUUCAGCUUCUACCACGAGUCCCGCAGGCUGGGGGGCACAAGGGCCGGCCCCCAUUGGGCUGGAUGAAGGUAUGGGGAUGGUAGCUGUAGAUCCUCCUCCGCCGCCCGUCGUACCACCCUGCAGCCCCGAACGCUCACCUGCGCCAGUUCACAACCUAAACCUGACAUCGCACCAACCGCAGCGUACAAGCGACGUGUCUUCUCUUACAUCGCCUUUAGCCACUUCAGCCACAAACAACAUUAGCGGCUGGUUGGACCUGGACUCCUCCGCGCCAGGAUCGGGGUCCUCGACACUCACAAGUUUUAGCUCUGGCUCUGCAGAAGUUCUCAAUUCAACACUGGUGACAGAACCGGUGGACGCUGCAAAUGCUAUACCUGCAACGUUAAGUGAAGGUAUUGGCGAAGUUAGCAUGCGCGAACAGAGUGGUCCGCGCUCUUGGGAGUAUGCCAAGGACCGGAUCUGGGUCGACUCACUUGACAGCAGCAGCAGUAGUGGCCACAGCUCGGACGAUGACGGUGGCGCGGAAUCUAGUAUUACCAGUGUUGGAGGAGAGGUGCAGCAAUCGUCCGCCGAGCCCGUCGUACCUUUUUCAACAUGCGAUGGCCCGCCUCUAUGUGAAUCUUUUAUUCUUAACCCUGAGCUCACGCGCAAGCUCGAAGAGGAAGCGAAGCGGCGGCUUUUCGCUGCACAACAAGCGCACGCUGCUCAGGUGCUUCAACAAGUACCACCUGCACAGGCGAAGAAGGCCCGCGCUUUUUCCCGCAAACCACGCCUCUUUCAAUCGCUCUCUACGCCCAGCUCGGGCUCGUGUGCGUCCAGCGCCAACACAAGCGCACAGACUAGUAGAAGCUCCAGUGGUAAUGUGACGCCCAACUUGAGAGAUGCGACUGGAACGGCCCAGGGACACGCGCUUGUUCUCUGGCGCAGCCCUGAAGAGGUACUCCAGUCGAGCAACGCGCAUAUCGGCGCCGGCGGCGGCACCUUCGCACCAUCUGUCCACACACCUUCGCCAGCGCCAUGUCAGAUGUCCGGCGAGAGAAUCGCAGCAGGCGUCACAAAGCAGCAGCAGACUCCGCGGAUACAUAACGUUAUGGAUUUCAGCGCCGCCAGCGCUGCAUUGCAAGCGUGCGAGGCAGCUCAGGGCGACGUGAUGGGGCAGACUUUAUCGGCAACGAAGCACGCCGAAGGGGGGGAUUUCGAGACGCGCACCAACCCGGUGCUUGACGGCGAUGUCCAAUGGAGCCAUGUUGAAUUCGGACAGGGCGACGCUAUGGAUGUUGAUUGAUGGAUAUUGAAACAAACCUUUGUGGCCAAAGGAGAUGCAUUUGCAUUCCCAGUCACACGUCUACGCCAUUUGUAUUUCUGAAUCCGCUUGCAACCAUGUUGUACCUGAU